UGAAUGCAUAUUUUUAAUCAACCUUUAACCCUUCUUGGUUCUCUCUAUGAAACCUUUUCUAAUCAACCUUUAGCUUUGGCUUUGGGCUCUAAUGGCUCCACUCUGUUGUCACUCUUGUAGCACUCAACUUGCGUGCCUUUUUUAUUCUAAACUUUUUGAGAUCUGGUUCUAUCAAUUUUCCCCACUGUGGUUCCAAGAAACAGGUUUUAUAUAUUCUAAUUGUAAGCUAUAAUGGCAAGCAUCGUUGAACAUAGCAACGUUUUCACACUGAAACAUUCUCUCCAUCACAUUGCAUCAAUUUCUCCUUUAGAAAUGUGCAAAUACCUGUGGGCUGUACGAAACCCAAACCUCUUAAAUUGCUUGCACUUGUUCUAAGCUGCAGUAAGGUGAGAACUUAUUGUUCCCUAUGAUAAUACUCCAGUUAUUGAUCAUAUGCUUGUCUGCUCCUUUACACUCGGCCUCUGCCUUAAGUUCAGAUGGGUUGACUUUGUUGUCUCUUGCCAAACAUUGGAUUUCUGUGCUUCCUUCCUUAAAGUCAAACUGGAAUUCAUCUGAUUCUACCCCUUGUUCUUGGAUAGGAAUACAAUGUGAUCAUUACGGCAAUGUGAUCUUCCUAAAUCUCACUAAAUCUGGGAUUUUUGGUCAACUUGGACCAGAAAUUGGACAGUUGACUCACUUGCAGAACCUUGUGUUGGAGACAAAUGGUUUCUCAGGAACAAUACCGCUAGAGUUGGGCAACUGUAGUAUGCUGGAGUAUAUAGAUCUUUCUGAUAACUACUUUGAUGGAAAUAUGCCAGAAACCUUGCAAAAGUUGCAAAACUUGAGGUAUUUGAGUUUUUCUUCUAAUAUGCUUACAGGUCAAAUUCCUGAUUACUUGUUUCAAGUUCCCAGACUGGAGGUGGUUGACCUGCACAAAAACAGUUUAAGUGGGUCAAUCCCAUCCAAUAUUGGAAACAUGACGAAACUGUUGAAGUUGUAUCUAUCUAGGAAUCAGUUGUCAGGGACAGUUCCUUCUUCCAUUGUUAACUGCAGUAAGCUAGAGGCAUUAUUUGUGAACGAUAACAUGUUGACAGGAAUUUUGCCUCAGAGCCUUAACAAUCUCAAUAAUCUUAUUUAUUUAGAUGUAAAAAAUAAUAGCCUUGGAGGUAUAAUCCCUCUUGGCUUUGGAAGUUGGGGCAAGCUAUUUAUUUUGGAUCUGUCAUUCAAUGUAUUUAGUGGAGGCAUUCCCUCAGGCUUGGGGAAUUGCAGCAGUUUAGCAGAAUUUGCUGCGGUGAAGAGCAACCUAGUUGGAAGCAUUCCAUCAUCCCUGGGGUUAUUACAAAAGCUUUUGAUUCUUCGCCUUCCUGAUAACCGCUUGUCUGGAAAUAUACCUCCAGAAAUUGGCAACUGCAAAUCUUUGAAGAAGUUACAUUUAUAUUCCAAUCAAUUGGUGGGGACAAUUCCACAAGAAUUGGGAGGAUUGAGUAAAUUAGAGGACCUUGAACUUUACUCCAACCACUUGACAGGUGAAAUUCCACUUACCAUUUGGAAAAUUCAAAGUCUUGAGCAUAUCCUUCUUCACAAUAAUAGUCUGUUUGGGAAAUUACCUUCGGAGAUGACAGAGCUCAAGCAUCUGAAAAAUAUUUCAUUGUUUGACAACCAAUUUUCUGGUUCAAUUCCUCAAAACUUGGGAAUCAAUAGCAGUCUAGUGAAGUUGGACUUGAUGAAUAAUAAGUUCACUGGUAACAUACCACCAAAUCUUUGUUUUGGAAAGCAAUUACACCUACUGAAUUUAGGUCUUAAUCAACUUCAAGGGAGCAUACCUCAUGAUCUGGGAAGAUGUGCAACUCUUGGGAGGUUGGUUCUCAACAAAAAUAAUCUUUCUGGGCCUUUUCCUGAAUUUGAAGGCAAUCAGAAUCUCGGAUACUUGGACAUCAGCAGGAACAACAUCAAUGGAACCAUUCCAUCAAGUUUGGGGAACUGCACAAAUCUCACUGCUUUAAUUAUGUCCACAAACAAUAUUACUGGGUUUAUACCCUCAAAGCUAGGAAACCUUGUGAACCUUCAGGUUUUGAACCUUGCUCACAACAGCCUAGAAGGUCCUUUGCCACAUCAGCUGUCAUACUGUACCAAAAUGGAAACAUUUGAUGUGGGGUUCAAUUUUCUGAACGGUUCAUUCCCAUCAAGCAUGAGGAGUUGGACAGGGCUGACUAAAUUAAUUUUAAGAGAGAAUCGCUUUAGCAGGGACAUCCCAACUUUCCUAUCAGAAUAUGACCAGCUUCUCGAGCUACAACUUGGUGGAAAUAUGUUUGGAGGAAAAAUUCCUACAUCAAUGGGAUCAUUGCAGAAUCUUUUAUAUGAGUUGAAUCUGAGUGCUAAUAAAUUAACUGGUGAAAUUCCUUUAGAAAUUGGUAAGUUGCAAAAGUUGCAGAGUUUGGAUAUAUCCUUGAAUAAUUUGACAGGAAGCUUACAUGUUCUUGAUAAACUUUCUUCAUUAAGAGAAGUCAAUAUAUCAUACAACUCAUUUGUUGGUCCUGUACCAGAAUGGAAAAUGCAACGCCUGAAUUUGUCUUCAUCAUCAUUCUUGGGCAAUCCUGGCCUUUGUGUCCGUUGUUCGAGAUUAAAUCUCUCCAGUUGCAUAAAUUAUAACCUCUUGAAGCCAUGUGACUCUGAAUCAACUAACCACAAGGGCAGUAAACGUUCAAUUUUAUUUAUGGCACUUGGGUUUGUAGGGUUUGUCAUUUGUUUGUCAGGAAUACUAGUAAUUUAUGACCGUCAUUCUAGCCAAAGAUCUAAGAAGGAGGUACCUGCUUAUCCUGAUGAGCAAAUUUACAUCCGCCAGUUGCGUCCAAUUUCUAACCUGAAAGACAACGUUGCUGAUUACAAAGAACAGGAGGCUUCAUAUUCAAAUGAUGAAGGAGAUUUCAGAAUUAUUGAUUUAAUGAAUGCUACGGAGAAUCUAAGUGAUCAAUAUAUAAUUGGCGAAGGAGGGCAUGGAAUUGUUUAUAAAGCCGAGCUUGAUAUUGGAGUUUUUGCUAUUAAGAAAGUUAAAUUUGGACAAAGCAAUAGGAGGAAAGUAAACAUGGUCAGAGAAAUUGAAAUGACUAGGAAGAUUAGGCAUCAAAAUGUGGCAAGAUGCCUAGGCUCCUGGAUAGGUGAGGAAUAUGGUCUAACCAUUAGCAAGUACAUGGAAAAUGGAAGCCUUCAUGAUGUCUUACAUGAAAACGAUCCACUACCAUACUUAGAAUGGAAUGUCCGCUAUAAAAUUGCUAUUGGAAUUGCAAAAGGACUGGCUUAUCUUCACCACAACUGUGAUCCUCCAGUAUUGCAUCGAGAUAUCAAACCGAAAAAUAUACUCCUUGAUUCUGAUAUGCAACCUUGUAUUACCGAUUUUGGUAUUUCCAUUGCUUUAAAUCAAUCCUCUACUACAGUUCAUAUGCGGUCGACAUAUCAUCUAGGUACUCUUGGGUUUAUGGCACCGGAGAUUGCAUGCAUGGUAGUGCCGAGCUGUGAGCUUGAUAUAUAUAGUUAUGGUGUAGUUUUGCUAGAGCUGAUAACUAGAAAGAAAGUAUUGGAUUCCUCAUUUGAGGUGGAGGAAACCACAUUAGUAGGAUGGUUUAAAUCUAUAUGGAGGACAACAAGAGAACUUGAAGAGAUUGUAGAUUCAAGCAUUGCAAGGGAGCUUUCAGAUUUAAAAGUAAUGGUGCAGGUUAUCAAAGUGAUUUUGGUGGCUUUGAUAUGUAUUGAGACAGAUCCAGGAAAGAGACUAAAAAUGAGAGAUGUAGUGGAAUUCUUUGAAACAUCCAUAGAUCCUGGAAUUUUUGUUCGACGUUAUGGAGAAUUUCAUUUGGGGAGUUCUCUUGCUACUGCUGUAGCCUCUUUGUUUUUUCAGGAGGAAGCCAAGAUCCCUGCCAGUAGACAUUAUUCCUCAAUACUUCACGAAGCGAUGGAGGCUACUGCAAACCCAAACAAUCUGAAUGUUAUUGGCAGAGGAACUCAUGGAGUUGUUUAUAAAGUUUCACUAGGUCCAGACCUAGUUUAUGCUGUAAAGAAGCUUGCAUUUGCAGGGAACAAAGGAAAGAUCCAAAGCAUAGUUAGAGAGAUAAAAAUCCUGAUGAACAUUAGGCACCGAAAUCUUGUUGGAUUACUAGACUUUUUGUUCAGAGAGAACUGUGGUAUGCUUUUAUACAGUUACAUGACAAAUGGAAACCUUCAUGAUGUUUUGCAUGAAAAGAAUCCACCAUCAUUGCUAGGUUGGACUGUUCGUUAUAGGAUAGCUGCUGGAAUUGCUCAUGGAUUGGCUUAUCUCCAUUAUGACUGUCAUCCUGCCAUUCUGCACCGUGCCAUCAAACCAAAAAAUAUACUUUUAGAUUAUGACAUGGAGCCUCAUAUUGCUGAUUUUGGCAUUGCCAAGCUUUUGGAUGUAUCUUCUUCUUCGAGAUCAUCUUCAUCUGUUCCAGAGAAUACAUAUACAACAGCAAAUACUAGGGAGUCUGAUGUCUACAGUUUUGGGGUAGUUUUGUUUGAGUUGAUAACUAGAAAGAAGGCUGUGGAUCCAUCAUUUAAGGAGGGAAUUGAGAUAGUGAGUUGGGUCAGAAGUCUAUGGCAGGAAGCAAGAGGAAUUUAUAAAAUUAUUGAUUCAAGCCUUGUAGAGGAGGUUUCGGAUCCAAACGUUCUUAAACGAGUCAUCAAUGUGCUUUUGGUAGCUCUGAGAUGCACUGAGGAGGACCCAGACAUGAGACCCACGAUGAGAGAUGUUAUCUACCAAUUCAAAAUGUAAUUAUAUUUGAUUCCCACAUUGCACAAGUCAUCUUUCUUCAAAAAAUUAAAUAGCUUUAGCAUUAUCCAUA